AUGCACACUGGCGAUUACGUUCAGUUUCGACUCGUUCCGAUGGGAGAAUCGACCAACCCGCAACAUUUCAAUUGUGGGGAAUGUCCUCCUGUCUCCGAAGUAUUAGAAGCGGAAAGCUAUUCAUACAAUCCAGUACCGACUGAUGUAGCUGUUGAUUCCAUUCCAUCGUGGCAUACAACGCUCUCUGGGCAUCGACACAGCGACAACUACUGGAUCACAACAUUUCCAAAACAGCUUCGGGGGCCGCUACAUCGCCUACCAGGAGCCCGCGAAAGAGUAAUUGGGUAG